CAGUCUCUUGCGAUCAUUUGAAACAUCAUGAAGUGUUUUCUUCUAGUUAUCGUUGGACUGGCACUACUGUGCAACACCACUUGUCUUGUCACAACCCGUCCAAAAACCGUGGAAGUGACAACAGACAUUCUUGAAAAUGAUACAGAGAAGAUUGAAAUCAAAGAGAAGAAAAAUAAUUACACCGAAAAAGUUAAUAAGGAUAUUUACUUGGAAGAUGUGGUAUUCGCGUUACAAAAUCAAGAUUGGAGUAAACAGGAAGAGGCUUGUUUGAAUCAGACUUUGCAAUUGAUUCGGAAUUUGCGGAAUUUUACGCUUUGGGCGGUUUGGGAUUGGGAUUCCAUAGCCUCUGAGCCGCAAGGCCUGCUCUUCGGAAACCGCUACCAGCUAGGAAAUUUCGACGAAUGCCUGAACCCGCCUUGGGUCCCGUCCCGCCCAGAAUUGAAGACGCAGUAUUGCUUGGCAGAUAUAGUACUGGAAAGAACGGACUAUGCUGUCAAGAAACGGUUUAUUAUGGGUGUGGAUCCCGAUCAGUCGGUACUGGAUUAUUUAGAGGUACACCCACCUCACUCGAGACCCCUAAACGAGCUGACCUGGGGGGUGUGCGUGCCAGCCUCCUGCGGCUCCGGCUCCGUGGAACGACUGAUGAGGACCAUGCUCGCGCGCAGCCAUAUUGGAGUAGCGGGCAUACGACCGAGGAUCACCACCGGGGACUGCCAGAGGCAGGGAGAGGAGAGACCGUACGAUGCUGCCUUUUGGGCGUUCAUAGCUGUUUUGGCUGUCCUAAUUAUAACGUCAUUGGUCUGCACCUAUCUUAACAACAGAAGAUUCAAGUGUGAGCCAACAACACUAAAAGAUGAUAUUAUAGAAGCAUUCUGCCUCAGAGAGAACGCGAACAACCUACUGAAAAUGCAUAAAGAUGGCAUUGAAGUGUUCUACGGGAUUCGGUUCCUGGGUCUGUGCGGCAUUGUGGUUGUGCAUCAACUUGGUAUACUUAAUUCAGGAGCCGUGAGCAACGGGAAACAAGUCGAUCAGUUAUCACCCGGCCCCGGAGGCUGGAUCGUCCUCCACGACGACUUGUUCGUCGACACGUUUUUCCUGCUCUCCGGGUUCCUGACAGCGACAGCCUUCAGCCAGAUGAAGAGGUUCCCUAACCCGCUAUUAGCCAUUUUGAAACGAUAUAUCAGGCUAAUGCCAGCGUUUGCAAUAGUGAUAUUCUUCGUGAGCGCAGUGUACCCCUACACGGGCUCCGGGCCGAUGUGGCCGAAGCUCGUUGAGGGCGAAACCGGCUCAUGUCGCAAGAAUUGGUGGCUCAAUUUGCUCAUGCUGAAUAACUACAUCGACAGUGAGCACAUUUGUCUCGUGGUAUCGUGGUACAUCCCCUGCGACUUCCACUUCUCCUGCGCCGCCAUUUGCCUGUACUGGCUGUACACGCGCCAACCAAGGCUAGGCUUAGUCUGCGCAGGCGCCAUCACAGUCGCCUCGGUCCUGCUGCCUGGAGUGCUGACUUACAAGUACAACUGGAAUCCCAUUCAACUGUUUACCUUCGAGUUUGUCUCAAACCCGCGGGGAAGCCCGGACUUCCACCACAUGUACAUCAAGAGCCACCACCGCGCAGCCUCCUACAUCGUCGGGUUCUUUAGCGGGUUCAUAUUCAUCAAGAAUAAGAAUGCCAUGAGGAUUUCACGGGUAGGUACAAAAUGGGCUAUCCUCGGUUCUAUAUCGGGCAUCGUCAUCAUGCUAUCGGUGCUCAUCAGCGGGACUACUUUCCUAUGGCGCACGUACCACCCUAUAGAGGGCGCUGUUUACGCGGCAAUCAAUCGACCCCUCUGGACCGUCGGCGUUGCCAUGUUGGUGUUGUGUUGCUCGCUGGGAUACGUCCCUCUUAUAAAAGCCGGUCUAAGCUGGCACGUGUGGGUGCCGCUGAGCAGGUUGUCGUACGGGGUGUAUUUGACCCACACUCUCAUCUGCAUGAGAAGUGUUUUCGUCGCUCGAAACUCUCAGCAUUACGAUUUUGGUGACAUAUUCACUGCCGCGGCGGGUGUUAUAUUCUGGGGCUGCAUAGCAGCAUUUUUCAUCUGGCUGAUCGCUGAAGCGCCUGCCCUGCGGUUGUUUGACAUAUUUGUUAAACGGGUGCUAAUGAAACGCACAACAGAACGUAAAGCAGAAGAAAAGUCGGCCACUCAACAAACGAGUACCAUCAGUACACCUGGCAGCAGUUCGGGACAUCUACAGGACAACCUGCCUACUACCGUGCAGUUUUCCUCUAAAGUGUAAAUUUCAAGCCAAUUAAACACACAACAGAACGUA